AUGGCAACGGAAGUCCAAACCUUCUACACCCCUGCCACCACAACGCACAUCUCAUCCCAUGCUCCGGUUGCCGUCGAUGAGUUCCUCAGCAAAUAUUCGCCCACCAUGGCGCACACGUCUGGUACACAGACCGUCAGUCAUCUGCUGAUGAAGCACCCUCGUCGCAAUGUGCUGCAGCGGUUCGCCGAUCGCGUCUACCUGGAAUACUACCGCUACGAGGUCACUUUCGGACUGUACGUGAUGACUCCCGGAGAAAAGCUGGUUGCCAACACCUUCGUCAUCGUGGUGCUGUCGCUCCUGUUCUGGGCGCUGCUGCUUUACUUCCCAUCGCUGCUGUACCAGAAGCUCAGCCGCCUCGUGUGGCUCCUCACCGGCCACAGCGGUGCGGAAAUGGGCGCUGCUCUAGGCAUCUAUGACACACACGUCAGCCCUGUGUCUCCAGUCUUUGCUGCUGCGGGAAGCCCAUCGUCGUGA